AUGCAUUUGACUGUUAGUGAAACAAAUGAACUCGAACAACCUACUCUAAUUAAACCAGGAGUCGUUUCAGUUUAUUAUGAAUUACCCGCUAAAUAUUUAGAAUUCUUUAAUCACGAACCUGAACUCGAUUCAUCUCAAUUUUUAAUUAAUCUUAUUGAUUCAACGAUUCAUAGUAAUGCUUCAUCAAUAUCCGCUUCUUGUUUGUCGUUUGUCGAUGAUGUCUGCUUAGUGACUGAAACAAUUCUUCGUCAAGCUAUUCAUCAGCGUAUAAAAUCAAUUUUAUUUUUUAAUAACAUGGAUCGUGCUUUGCUUGAUUUAAAAUAUGAACCUGAAGAUCUUUUUCAACAAUUUCAACAGAUUCUCGAAAAUAUCAAUACCAUCAUCACUACUUAUGGUGAUGACAAUAACCAUAUAAAUGAUUUUAUAAUCGAUCCAACAAAAAAUGCAGUUAUUUUCGGUUCUACUCCUCAUGGUUGGGCUUUUACGAUAAAACAAUUCGCCGAUAUUUAUGCAUCAAAAUAUGGUAUUGAAAAGGAUAAAUUAAUGGAACAAUUGUGGGGUGAUCAUUUCUUCUCACCGAUGACAAAGAAAUGGUCAACAAUUCCAGAAAAAGGCUCUGGUCGAGGUUUUUGUCAAUUUGUUCUUAAUCCUAUUAGCCAAUUGUUCAAAGCUAUAAUGGAUUCAAGAAAAGAUGAAUUUAUAAAAUUAUUUGAAGAACUCAAUAUAGAAUUACAAGAUGAAUUGAGUAAAGAUGGUAUAUUACCACUAAAACUUGUUAUGAAAAAAUGGUUACCUGUUGACGAUAUUCUACUUACAACGAUGGUUAUUCAUUUACCAUCACCAGUUGUUGCACAAAAAUAUCGAACUGAACUUCUUUAUGCGGGUCCGCAUGACGAUGAUGUAUUUUUGAGUAUUCAAUCAUGUGAUUCAAACGGUCCAUUAAUGAUUUACAUUUCAAAAAUAAUACCGACAUUGAAUAAAUCUCAUUACUAUGCAUUUGGUCGUGUUUUUUCGGGUGUUGUUAAGUCAAAUGAACAUGUCCGUAUAUUGGGUCCUAAUUAUGUACCAGGCACAAGAGAAGAUCUCUAUAUUAAAAAUAUUCAACUAAUAGUUGUAUUGAUGGGUCAAUCUAUUCAACAAAUUGACGAUUUAUCAUGUGGUAAUAUCUGUUGUCUCAUCGGUAUUCAUCGAUAUUUAGUUAGAACUGGUACAAUUACAACAUCUGAGCAUGCACAAAGCAUUUGUAUGUUGAAAACUAAUAUCAAUCCUAUCGUAUAUGUUGCUGUGGAACCAACUAAUCCAGCUGAUCUACCAAAAUUAGUGGAAGGUAUGAAACGUUUAGUUCAAGUAGAUCCUCUUGUUCAAUGCUAUACUGAACAGUCCGGUGAAUAUAUUACAGCCUGUGUUGAUGAACUACAUUUGGAAAAUUGCUUAGAAGAUUUGGAAAGAAACUAUGCUUGUAUUCCGAUUAAAGUUUCUGAUCCUGCGACAUCGUAUCGUGAAACUGUAUCGAAAGAAUCCGACAGAAUGUGUUUAGCGAAAUCUCCUAAUAAACACAAUCGAAUCUAUUUAAAAGCUCAGCCUAUGCCUAAUGGUUUACCAGAAGAUAUUGAAAAUGGUCAAAUAACAUCAAAUCAAGAAAUAAAAGCACGUACACGUUAUUUAUAUGAAAAAUAUGGUUAUGAUAUAAUCGAAGCACAUUAUUGCGUUAGUGCAUUUCAAUGGGCUACAAAAGAAGGUGUACUCGUUGAAGAAAAUGUUCGAGGUGUUCGUUUCGAUAUUCAUGAUGUAUAUAUUAGUGAUGCGAUACAUCGUGAUGCUGGACAAAUUAUUCCAACGAUGCGUCGUGUUCUUUAUGGAUCGAUGCUUACUGCUAGUUCAAGACUUGUUGAACCAAUUUAUUUAUAUGAAAUUCAGUUUGUUUUUGUAGACUUUACUGAUGAUCUUUGUUCGAAUGCUGAUGGUCAAGCAGUUGCCCGAUGUGUAUUUCAUCAUUGGCACAUUUCAGAUGAAGAUCCACUUGAUGAAUCAACUAGAAUUCGGCAAGUUGUUAAGAGUAUUCGAAGAUGUAAAGGACUGAAAGAAGAUAUUCCAUCUACAAAUGAUUAUCUUGAUAAAUUAUAA